UGGGCACAGGUGGGUGGCACUGGUGGGCACAGGUGGGUGGGCACAGGUGGGUGGCACUGCUGGGCACAGGUAGGUGGCACUUCUGGGCACAGGUGUGGGACACUGCAGAGUGGCACAGGUGGGUGCACUGCUGGGCACAGGUGGGUGCACUGCUGGGCACAGGUGGGCGGAGCUAGGUGGCACUGCUGGGCACCGAUCAUCAGGGCACUGAUCAUCAGUGCCCUGAUGAUCGGUGCCGAUCCCCGCUCUGACAACUGCCGGUUCUCGGCAGUACUUUCCUCACGAUCUGACAGCGUGAGGAAAGUGCAGCCGAGAACCGGCACUUGC